AUGUCAGUAAAAGUCAAAUUAUCUCAAGUAAAGGCAAAAGCUUCAUCGAAGUUGUCAAAAACUUGCUUCAUCGUCUUUAUUUGCUGUUUUGUAUUUUUCUUGAUCGGAAUCGGGUCAGGUUUAUAUUCAGCGAGUAUUUUCAACAAACCAACUCCGACUCCGAUUGCGGUGAAACGUUUCCAACACCUGUACAACGUCGAAGGCUCAUUGGAGACUGAAAUAAAGAAAAAAGUUGUGCCACAAGUGAAAGAUAUCGCCGAUGACACCGUUCAAAUUGUCAACGAAAUGGUGGCGCGUCUCGUGCGAAGUGAACGCAGCAUAAAACCCUCGAAAUUCAAGAAAAAAUGGAAAAAUUCGAGAAUUUCACGACCAAAAAGGGAUCUUUCGUCGGAUUUUGCUCCAAUGAAUUUAGAUCCCAUUCAACACACGGAACGCGAGGCUCCGUUAAUCCCCACGGGAAAAGAUGUCGUUACCCGUUCCAAACGUCGCGCUUUGGAGGAAUUGCGACAAGAGCUUAAAUUGUGUCGCCAGAACGCCGGAAGAGACUGCGGAAAAAUUUACGAGCAAAUUUCUGUGUUAACGGACGAAAUUGAUCAACGUUUCGCCCGGAUGAAGUCAAUUGUGAACGAAUUACGCCCAAAUAGCGACACAAAAACGCUGGAUGUGCUAAAUGUCGUCGAAAAAGACGACAAAAAGCGAUUAAAAGAGGAUCAACAACGAAAAAUGAAAGAUUUUGGACUGCAAGAUUGUUCGUCUGAGGAGCAAGAUGGCAAAAAUUCGACGGGAUGUGCGAUAAAAUUGAAGGAUGUCUUCGAAAAUGAAACAAAUAUCAUCCAUACAAAGACCAAAAUUUACACAAAACCCAGCACGAUCGCGCCAGAACCGAUUUCUCUUGAGCCAACGACCAUUUUAACGACAACUCCAACAACAACAACUUCGGAAAUGCCAACUCCUCCCUUCCCGGAAGACAAAAUUGAGGAAAGUGACUCCAAACCACGCGCUCUUUUCACAAAAGACCCUCCGCCGCCAUCAUAUCGGAAUCGUCAGGGUCAUUAUAUGGGUCACCAUCCGCCUCCAAGUGAGGAUUUCGACUCGUACCCAGCAAAUGACAUGCUUCCCAAAGCAAAAGUUGACGAUCUCUAUUGGCGUUUCCCCCAUUCGCACCGCGGAAAUUUCAUGGAUCACAACAAUCUCGAAGAAAAUGUUGAAUUUCCAGCCGUAAUUCAAGCUGAAACGUCUUCCAAAAAUGAAAAAUCCACUACAACAACAACUUCGGCGCCAGAAGAACCCAAAAUUAUGGGCGCCCAGGGUCCCUUUAUGAGUGUUUGUGAGCAAUUCGCCCGACAACAUGGCAUCCAACUCGAUUCUUCCGGCACGAUUAUCUCAAAUAACGGAAAUUUCCAAGCACAACGACCGAGCAGUGUCGGAACUCAAGUUCCCCAAACGGGGCAAAGUAGCAAAGCAUCUGCGCAACUUUUUCUCAACCCCGGAUUUAAUCAAAUGGGCAUGCCUUUGUGUUAUAUGGCUCCGCAGAUGAGUCCCCAAUGGAAUUAUGGCGGCUUUUUCGGGCAUUCGGCGCCACAAAUGAUGAAUAGACCGUUUUCGCAAGUGCCCUUCCCGGGAGUUUUUAAUAAUUUUGGCAGGAGUAUGAUGACGCCAUCCGCGCCAGGAGGAAAUUAUUAUUGUGCUUUUAUGCCGAAUGCGAAUCAACAGAUUCCAAUGGGAUUCGGAGCGUUUAGGACUUCGGAAGCGAUUGCGGCGGAAGGAAAUUCGGAAAUUAUUGCCGCGACGAAGAAGUCGAAUGUGCCAUCGGAGACGGAUAUUAUUUAUGCGAGUUUUACGACGAAGCCGGUGAAGAAUAUGACGGCGUUCCAAGAACGGGCGAGUGUGAGUUGCAGGCCGGGGACGAUUGCGUGUGCUGGAACUGGACAAUGUAUUGAAACGUCAAAAUGGUGCGAUUCUCGUAUUAAUUGCUUGGAUUCCAGCGAUGAAGUGGCUUGUAGUUGUAAAGCUCGCCUUCCGUUCAACCGAAUUUGUGACGGAGUAACUGAUUGUCCGAUGGGAGAUGACGAAUUGGGCUGCAACGGUUGCGAUAAAUACUCGUUCACUUGUUAUUCCUCCCAAGAUGAGUACAUUGCCUCGCAUGGACAUGGAACUUCGAUGUGUUUCACGCUAAACGAUCGCUGUGACGGCAUCCGAAACUGCUUCAAUGGAAAAGACGAACGAGAUUGCAAUGUUAUCGUUAAAAAUCUUGGCGGGUAUCUCUCGCAUCAAGUUUCCUAUUCGGACGGCUUUUUAUAUCGCAAUUUCAAAGGAAAAUGGUAUCCAGUGUGUCGUAAUCCCGCAUUGUGGGCUCGUGAAGCUUGUCAUGCCGAAGUAGGACGAACAGAUGAAGCUCCUCGUAUCACUUCCGAUCAAAAUGCGGCAGUUGUGGGUCCAUUUAUCAGCAACAAAGGUGACGCCUUGCGAGAUCCCGUCAUCGAAGAUCACUGCAAUGCCCCGACUUACGUUGUUUGUCCCCAAAUGAAGUGCGGGCGCGUGAAAAGUGUUCACGAUUCACUUCAUACGAAGAAAAAGCGACGUCAUACGAACACCACAAUUACCGAAAAUCGCGAAAAAGAGCACGUUAGUAUUGUUGGCGGCACUGAUUGUGCUCCGCAUCAAUGGCCAUUCAUCGUUUCGAUCUUCAAAAAUGGUCGACAUCACUGCGGCGGAGCCAUUAAAAGUGCUCAAUGGAUCAUCACGGCAGCGCAUUGCUUCCAUUCGUACCACAAAAAUUACUAUGAGGUGCGUGCGGGGUCUUUGCGACAUCGCAGUUACAACCCGGAAGUGCAAAUUUCGCCAAUUGUGAAGGUUUUCGUGUAUCCCAAGUACGAUCAGAAGGCAAUGGUUGAGGAUAUUGCACUCGUUAAGAUCGCGGCGCCACUGAAUUUUAACAGAUAUGUUCGUCCAAUUUGUUUGCCGGCACCCGGAAGGAGUGGAACGCAAGCAGAUUGGGUUAAUGGUCCGCCAGUUGGGCAAGUUUGCUCGGUUAUGGGAUGGGGAACGUUGGCGGAAGAUGGACCUCAUGCUGACGGUCUCAAAGAAACCCAUCUCCCCAUCUUGGAAACAUGCAAAAACAACAAUCGCGGCAAGUCAAUUUGUGCCGGCGAGCUUUCUGGCGGGCGUGAUGCUUGUCAAGGCGACAGUGGAGGCCCCUUGCUGUGCAAAAGUCUUCACGAUCCCGAAGAAUGGUAUCUUGCUGGAGUCGUUUCUCAUGGCGAAGGAUGUGCUCGUGCGGGAACUGCUGGAAUUUACACUCGAGUUUCACAUUAUCUCAUAUGGCUGGACAAAACAGAGGCUGAGGAUGGCGAGCCAGGCAGUUAUCCGAUCACGCAAUGUACGGGCUUCAAAUGUAUUUGGGGCGGAGGGAAAUGUUUGCCGAAAAAUAGUCGCUGUAAUGGAGUUGUCGAGUGCUUGGGCGGUGAAGAUGAAGUUGAUUGUCCUUUCACUGCUUCGCAACUUCGGAGCAUGGAAGAUAAUCAAUUUAGGGACGAAGAAGCAACAACAGUGGUUCCCAAAACAACUUCUGAAGCAGAAACGACUGAUUUUUCGUCAUCAACGACCUCAAGUACGACAGUUGCAGCUGAAACAACGGUAGAAACGACUUCUUCGACUACAUCAACGACAACUGAGGCUCCUACUGAACUUCCAACGAGUCCAGAAACAACUUCUGAGGCAACUUCUAGUACAGCUUCCGUGACAACAACGCCAGAAACAACCACUGAAGCAAAAACUGAGCCAAAAACGGAAGUAACGGUACCAGAAACGACCUCGACUUCAACUACAACAACAACAACUACGACAACGGAAGCUCCUUCUACGACAGUUUCAAGCACAACUCAAGAAGAAACGACAAUUUCGACGUCAACAUCGACAGUUGCUCUUUCAACAGCUUCCAGGGAUGGGCGUCAACUUGAUUUUAUGACCUCAACUCUUCCAUCAACGACGGUUUCAGUUCAAACGACAACGGAUUUGGCUCCAGUAAAUGAUUCUGGGCGACAUUUGUUCCCAAUUUUCGCUACUUCGGCAACUACUGCACCAACUGUGCCUACGACAAGACCAUUUUUACCGUUAGCUGUUUUGCCAGCGACGACUGUGAAGCCGGUUAUUAACAAAAGAUUGACUUUAGAUCCGCAUGGCGAUACUUUCCAUUGUCAAAAUAUCCCUCAGUCAAUUAAUCGCGUUCAUCGUUGUGACAAACAGCUAGAUUGUGAAGACGGAACUGACGAACGAAACUGCACUUGUCGCGAUUUCCUCGUUCAUCAACAUCCGCACAAAAUUUGUGAUGGAAUUGUCGAUUGCGUGGAUUUAACUGACGAGGAAGGGUGUUUACUUUGUUCACCUGACCAAUUCAAGUGUCGCUUAUCAAAAACUUGCGUAAAUUUAGCGAAUCGUUGCAAUAACGUCGUCGAUUGUGAACACAAAGAAGACGAACUCGACUGCAUUUCGCUCACAAAUGGCGUCACAGUGCUCGUCACGCCCGAUAACAACCCGGUUCUCAAGUCCCGCGGCUACUUAACGCACAAUCACCGCGGAAAAUGGACAAUUCAUUGCGGUUCGACGCAUCAUCAUCACGAAAAUCGCGUCGCUGAACUCGUUGGACAAACUUGCAUUUCUCUCGGCUUUGCUGGUUACUCGGAUUUCAAGCACGUCAACUUUGGCAAGGAGAAAAACGAACUCGGCGUUCAAAUUGUCGAAGAUCCCCAUCAUGAUGCGAGACGAACAAUUGCGCAGGAGCAAGUUUCCCUCGUGAAUAUGCGAGAAAAUAACUUGGAUAUCGAGUCGGUGGCGAUGGCAAGUGACUGUGUAGCUCUCUGGAUCGAAUGUGUGCCGCAUACAAGUUCAAAUAAGACGAACGUUGUGAAGCCGUUGCCGUUUUUGAGGCCGCAUGACUACGAAAGACCGACAGUUCAGCCGAGUAUUGUGCCUCAUGUGGUAGUUCCGGUGCCGCAUAAGCAUCUGAAAGACAAGUUGAAUGAGACAAUUGGGCUGAGUGAGCAUCAAUGGGCAUUUAGUGCGGUUGUUUUUGCCGAAGGAAAGCCAAUUUGCAAUGGAAUUUUGUUGGCACGGCAGUGGGUAAUGGUCGAAGGAUCGUGUUUGAAGUUGCAUAGACUCGAAACGGAUCACAUUGCAGUCCUCCUUGGCAGUUCAAAUUCCUUCCUUCACAUUCAAGGCCCGUACGAAGUCGUAUCAAGAGUCGACUGCAUCCGAGAAGUUCCUCAAUCGAACGUUUUGUUACUUCAUCUCGAGUAUCCCGUCGUUUAUAAUCGUUACGUCUUGCCCACUUAUCUGAUUGACAGCACAGAUCGCGAAGUCGAAACGGAAGAAUGUCAAACGGUGUCAAUUGACAAAUUUGGUCGCUUACGUGCCUGGGCUGUGAGAAAAAAGAUGCAUGCUUGUCCAGCUGGGUACAAAUGCUUCGAGGAUCAUCAUUCGCAUCAUUCACAUCAUUCACAUAAAACGUUGUGCGAACUGAAAGAUUUCCUUCAUCGCCCUGGCUACGUGAUUUGUCGCACAAAAUCCAGCUCCUGGUUCCCAACUGGCUUCUACCACAACUUGCAUUCACUUUGCGGCACGGACAACCGCUUGACGGUCCUGACGCUCAACCCGAAGCACUUUACGCUCCUCAACGUGAUCGGUAAGCGAAAAUCGUUGAAUAUCAAAAAUCCCCUUGUCCAAAAUAUGUCGAUUGACUUUCCGCAUGACUUCCAUCCCGAUCACCUUCACCAUCAUGACACGAACGAUCCAUCACAUGUCAUUGAUAUUUUAGAAACGCUCGAGUGUCAGCCGUACUUUGGAUCGCCGCUCUGCAAUGGGCACCGUUGUCCCUUCGGCGUUUGUCUGGCGGAGAAGCACGUGUGUGACGGCGUCGUUCAUUGCCACGAUGCCAGUGACGAGGCGGCGGAAAUUUGUGUGGGUCGCAAGAAACGCCAAUGCAAUCAUCACGAGCUCACGUGUCGCAAUGGGAAUUGCGUGGAAAAAUCACGGUUUUGCAAUCAAAUUAACGAUUGUGGCGAUUACACGGAUGAGCCGAGGGUUUGUUCGUGUUACGAAUAUUUGAGGGUAACGGAUCCCGAUAAAAUCUGUGACGGAAUCCGAAACUGCUUAGACAAAUCCGAUGAAAAUAACGAAGAAUGUCGCUGUCAUCCAAAUCGUUUCCGUUGUGGACAAACGUUAAAAUGCAUCCCGCAUGACUUUGUAUGCGACGGCGAUCACGAUUGUCCCGGCGGCGAAGACGAAAGCUACUGCUACGGCAUCCAAAAUAAUCACAUGUCCGACGGCUAUUACGAAGUAAUGCAGCAGGAAUUCGGCGUUUGGCAUACAAAAUGUUUCCCCAAAUCCAAGCCGCCCACGCAGACAGACUUGAUUGAGAUUUGCCGCAAAAUGGGAUACAUUGACCCGAAAUAUCCGAAGGCGAGGGCACGUGUCGACAAUGAAACAGUGAUGGCAAUUCUCCCUAAUUCCGAUAAUUCUCAGAUGGAAUUUGUGAGAGAGGAACGAAAACUUAAUACCACCCAUGAUCUGGCACCAGCCACGAAGGCAAUUAUCAGCAAUAAAUUCUCGACGUUGCAAGUGAAUGAUGACAUCAAGUUGUACGUGAAGCCGAGCAGACCGCUGGCGAGUCUCGUGGAAUGGGACAAAAAUGACGAAAAGAACUGCUUUAGAGUGGAAAUCAAUUGUGGCGCGAAAUAUUAG